AUGUCAGGAGCAGAACUCAAAAAACGGCUAGUGCCAAACGGCAAUAUGAGCACCACGAACGACUCCACAACCCAGUCAAAGGCUAAAGCGCGAACCGUAACGUGGCAGGAGAUUCCUGAAUGGCAACUCGACAACAAGUACAUCCUCAGUGGCUAUCGUCCAGAGAAAGCAGACUAUUGGGAGAUCUUUACCAGCCUAACCUUUUUGCACAACGAGACGUGCAAUGUGUACACUCAUCUGGUCGGGGCUCUUCUCCUGCCACUCGUUGCAACCGCCUUCCUGCGGUACCUGGCCCAGCCUCAAUUUCUCCAUGUCUUGUCCAUGGACUAUGCUAUGUUUGGAAUCUACUUCUGGUGUGCGGAGGCCUGUUUGAUCUUAAGCACACUUUACCACCUGAUACAGCCCCACUCGCAUCACGUAGAGCUGUUCUGGCAUGGAAUGGAUCUUCUUGGUAUUGUUAUUGUGACGGUGGGCACAUUCUCUUCAGGAAUCUACUAUGUGUUCUUCUGUGAAGCGGUUUUGCAAGAAUUGCACUGGGCUAUUAUCUUAACCACAGGCACUGUUACCGGUGUUCUGAUCUCGAAUCCCUCUCUAAGAACGCCGCGCUGGCGGAAAGUGAAGGUGGGCGCCUUCGUUGUUUUUGGCGCUUCAUCGUUCAUACCCCUGCUCCAUGGAGUCCAGCGAUAUGGGCUGGAAUACAUGCUCCAGUACUCGGGAAUGAAAUGGUAUCUGCUCGAGCUUACUUUCUAUGGCACCGGAGUUAGCUUGUACGCGGUAUUUCCGGAUUCCGGAGCGUUUGGCACCCGGUAA